CACGUCACACGUCGUUUAUGUAAAUGGUUUGAUUGAAGAAAAAGAAAAAAAGCCUUCUGCUCUGCUCUGAAAUGGAGGUGUGGAUACGACGCAUGCGCGUUAUGUUCACAACUAUCCAGUCCUGUCCACCAGCGCAGACAUCAACAAGAGAGCGGGUUACUGAUGCGGGUUGAUUUUCAUAAUAGUCCCAUCGUAUCGACGCGCUACAAGGACUAUUACUUUGUAUCAGCUUAACGCCACUUGCAGCAAGAUGUUUGGCUUUCAUAAGCCGAAAAUGUACAGGAGUUUGGACGGCUGCUGCAUCUGCCGCGCAAAGUCGUCAAGCUCUCGUUUCACGGACAGUAAGCGAUACGAGAAGGAAUUCAGGAGCUGUUUCGGAUUGAGUGAAACACGAUCGGGAGAAAUCUGUAAUGCCUGUGUGCUCCUGGUGAAACGAUGGAAAAAGCUACCAGUGGGAACCAAGAAGAACUGGAACCACGUGGUGGAUGCCAGGGGAGGUCCCAGCCUAAAGAUAACCUCCAGGCCCAAGAAGUCCAUCUCCAAGAAAGCAAAGCCCAGCCAGAUCAGCAGGCUGCAGAAAGAGCUUAAAAGAAACAACUCAGAUGCUCACAGCACCACCUCCAGUGCCUCUCCGGCUCAGUCUCCCAGCUACAGCAACCUGUCCGAUGACGGCUCUGACACUGAACUCAGCCGAGGAUCCAGCCGUUCCCCCGUUUUCUCCUUCCUGGACCUCACCUACUGGAAGAGGCAAAAGGUGUGCUGUGGAAUCAUCUACAAAGGGCGCUUUGGGGAGGUGCUCAUCGACCCCCAUUUGUUCAAACCGUGCUGCCGCAACAAACAACAACAACAGCAGCAACAAGAGGAGGAGGAAGAAGAUGAGGAAGAGGAGGAGGAAGAGGUGGAGGUAGAGGAAAGCCAUGUGGGUGUGGAUGUCAGCGGGCAAAAAUCCCAGAUGGAAGAGGAAGUGAAGGAGACGCCAGUGUGUGAGGAAAAUGCAGAGCCCCCAGCCAGAAGUGUGGCGGUGGCCGAGGAAGGGUGGUAAAGCCCAACCCCCCGGUCCUUGCGCACAUUUCUGAAGAAAUUCUGGGGUGCUGUUUUUUCCUGAGCACUCGCAGAAAGAAAUGUCCUCACAUUGCCUUCAAUCAUCAAGGAGCUGAAAAUCCUUCAAUCUUCUCCAUAAUAACGUUGGAAGUUUGUUUAUUAUGUUGAAAUGGUAAUUUAUGGACAGCUGUGUUUCCACCCUCUCUCUCUCUCUUUCUCUCUUUUUGUAUUUAAUGUUUUUGCCAUCCUGAUGAUGGACUCGUGGUGUUUUUGAUCUACUUUAGGUGAAAUGCUGGAGCUCUAGUUUGCUGGUACAUUUAAAAGAUUUUAUUCCAAAAUGCAAUAGAUCCACUUACUUAUAGAAAAAGGUGCUACUUGAAAUCCAUUACUCGACAUUUCACAGCUGAACCCAUUCUCAGUGUGGAUAUGGUCUAAGCAUAUACAGUAUCCUUAGAUGACUAAUAUAAAGGGAUUGGUUUUGUUGCCCUUGUUCUGAGUACAUCUCUCUUUUAUGAAACGGUGGACAUCUCGUCUUGCAGUGAAUGCCAUUUCACACUGACAGAGCACAGACCUGUAUAGUAGCCCCUGUGUUUGUGUCUGUUCCCACUGACACCCACUUCUAUCAAAGAGUUUGUGUUUGUAGACUGGGUUAGUGUCUCUGUGUGCAGAUAGGUUCGUAUGUGGGUCCCAACUGAAUAAGGCCUAUUCACAGCUUCAACAGCAAAUACACCAGCCUUAAUUAUGUGUUAACAGACAGUGCUAGUGUUAAUUCUGGAUUGGUAUUAAGGAACAAAAGAGACAGUAGCUAUAUUUAUUGUGGCCUCAGCAACACAGUGCAUUUUGCAUGAAUGGCAAGCCACUCAUCCAAGAGACCUAAUGAUCUGAUGCAUGAGUCUACUAAAAUUGCAUGGCCUUAUAUAAGCUGUAAAUCUUACUUUUAUUUUUUGUUUGUUUUGAUCAAUUUCUCUGAAGUUUUAACUUAU